CAUAGACAAACGACUUUGUUGUGUCUUUAUAGUGAAAAUUCUCUUGUAUUGAAAAAUAGUAAAAUAUAUUUUUUUAGAACACGCAUUAAAAGUCAUGAAAUUCUUUCAAUAUACUGUAUUGAGAAAGGCUUAUAAGUGAUAUGGACCGGAACUUCGUACAAAUUUUGAUACAACAGUCCAUUAUGAUAGCCAUAGGAAACUCCUGGAUGAUUUUAUUCUGAAUUUAUUUCUAUUGAAUACACAAGGCUAACAAUGGACCCUUCAGUUAAAACUAAAGAAAAUACCAAUUCAUCGGUAACCAUCCCCGUUAUAGCUGGAAUUUGCAGUAGCGACAGUUUCUCAAUGUUUCCAUCACAUCAUCAUGAUUUGACAAGUACAAACAGUAUUGAAUUAAACGCGGCCGCAUCAUUGAGUGAUGAUUCUGGUGUUCCACUUACUACGAACAGUUCAAUAUCCAGCGGCGAUUCUUACCGGCUGGGGUUAUGCAAGUUCGACAUUGAAAUCGUGGAAAGUGAUGGCGAGGUGUCCCAGUUCGAUUCUUUGGACAAUUGUUCAGAGGGUGGAAUGAGUGCCGAAAAUUUUAACACCCUAAAGAAGGGACCUUUAGCUCCAAUAGAUCCUCCGCCGGAAUUUCAGGAUUCCCCUCAAACAACACUGGUACGUUCAAUGGCGAAGAAUCCUGUGACCAGUUUGAGGCGGUGGACAUCUUCACAGUCGUCAUUUGAACAUUUAAAGGACCACAGUAGUGCAGAUACAACCAACUUAAACAUUGCAGUAAUCGCCAAUUCCAAUAUGUGCGUCGAAAAUGUCUUUGAAGCUGGGAAUUACAUGUUGAGUGAUGAUAUUCCAGAGAAAGACAUAUACAAUAUCAACAAACAUUUAUACUCGAGUGAUUCCAUCUUGAACUCUCAUAAGGACAACAUAUAUGAUGAACCAAACAACAUGCUGAGUUCUUCGUUGGGCAACAGCGUGGAUAUAUUGGAUUCAGACUCACAAUCUCAGUCAAUUCCUCCUCCCCCGCCACCUGUGUCUAUUGUUAAAAUAAAACAAACAUUAUGUCCAUAUUUCCAAGAUCACACUCGGUAUUUUAAAGCUAUACCAUCGGAACAGGACAAUAUUACAUCAGCAGUACAGCGAUUCAAUGUAUCCGGUCUUUCUGAAAUUCACGAUUAUGAUCUCUACUAUGGUAUUAAACGUAACGGAUAUCAGCAGUACGACAACAGUCUACAAAGAAAAAUUAUAUACAGCCCCUUAAGUAAUUCUCAUUAUUGUCAUAACCACGUUUAUCAUGGAGGUCUGUGCAGCAAUCGACCCAACUCCAGAAAUUCAUUAAAUAGCAGACUUUCAAGUUCACAUAAUUCAUUGAGUGUUUCAUCUGCUAACAAACCGGAUGAUUCAAUAUUUAUAACACAAGCGAUGUCACAUGACGCUUUACUUACAAGAGAAAUAUCUGAUUUCUAUAAUGUUCCAAUUGACUCUGACAUAUACGCUUUACCAGUAGAUAUGAUUAAUUCAGAGAAAGAAAGAUCACAAAACGUUCAUAGACACAGUGCCCACAGCUCCGCCGAAGCAAAUGGAUCGGAAUGCAAAGAUGUCAUCAUAUCCAGCAGUUGUAGUAAACACACUUUCAUGAAAUGUCAACACCAAACAAAGGCAAACCGCAAACACAAAAAUAAGCGCAAAAAAAAGUCUACUUUGAAUUGUCCCGAGAAUGGCGAAAGUAGUGAUCAUGCCCCGAGUCAUGUCUCCACUAGUAUUUCUUCAAGGUAUAAUUCUACUUUUGUAUCUACUUCGAGCAUACACGAUGAUACCAGUGUCAACAAUGGAGAACCUUUGCAUAUGUCACUGGAAGAGGUGAAACAAUUCUAUCAUACACUCUACUCGGAAACCAAAGAUAAUAAGGUGGACGGCGCAGCUGCUUCCAUUGGACCUCAAUCACACUCCAAAACACUUAUUAUAUCGAGCUCGAAUUCCAAAGUAUCCAAUGACACCGCUUGGAGUGGGUCUCGUGGCAGCAACCUUACAUUGUCUCAAAGUCGUAUAGAAAAAGUACAUGGUUCAAACACUAAAUGCAGUGUAUUAACACAAAAAACCUUCUCUUCUGAUUCUGAGACUCACACAAAUAACAACAAUAACAAUAUGAUUGCAAUCAAUAACCAAAACAACCAGAAACAGAAUAUGUCUCAUAAUUUUAACAUAAUCACCUCCACUGAAAAGGAACACCCUACAGAAAUGACACAAUCAAUUCUCAAGACUAACGUAAUAUCUUCCAACGAAAAGAAAUCUCAAUUUACCUUGAAUUUGAAGCAGCGAUUUUGCAGCAUUUUCCGCUUUCGAAAAAACAAUAGUAGAUGUAGCCAAAAAAGUGACUCCAACGAUCAUGACGAUCAUACUACAAGCAAUGAAAAAUCAACUGCAACGAAGUCAAAUGAAGACAAGCGUAAGAAGUUUCAGUCAAGAGCUCUCCCGCCCUUACCUAAGAAAGAAUCAGGAGAGGAAAACAGUAACAAACAUGAAGAAAUCGCUAAUGGAAAGGAAGAGAAGAAACCGGAACCUAGAUCUUUUCAUUUCACAUCCAGUAUUGAAAAAGUCAAAGAUUAUGGAUGGUAUUGGGGCCCUUUAUCAAGCGAAGCAGCUGAAAAGGUUUUAUCUAACGAACCUGAUGGAAGUUUUAUUGUGCGUGAUAGUUCUGACGAUCAUUAUAUUUUUUCACUUAGUUUCAAACUGAACAACUGUGUCCGUCAUGUCAGAAUCGAGCAAGAUCAAGGAACGUUUUCAUUUGGAUCGUAUGCUAAAUUUAAAUCUCAAACCAUCACAGAAUUUAUUGAGAAGGCCGUAGAACAUUCACGUAGCGGCAGAUAUCUGUUCUUUUUACAUCGAAGGCCCGAACAUGGACCCAUGAGAGUGCAGUUGACAAAUCCAGUAUCUAGAUUUAAACACGUUCAAAGUUUACAGCAUAUGUGCAGAUUUGUUAUAUUAAAAGCUGUAAUAAGAAAGGAUCUGAUUCAAACAUUGCCAUUACCAAGAAGACUUUUAGACUACCUGAAUUACAAACACUGUUAUUCAGAACAAAUUGAAAGUGACAGUUCCAAUUCACAGAUUUCUGGAGAGGGAUCAUUGUAGAUUUGUUCCACUUUGUUGUUUAUUUCAGUUUUUAUUUAAUAUGCUAGUUAGUAUUAUAGUACAUACUAUACAAUACACAUAAGUAUUAAAAUAUUCAUAUUAGUAUAAAACUUAAAUUGUAAUUUGUAUUACUAUUGCUGCUCAUAAAGUAUUGUACUCGGUGCUAUAACAUAAGAUAUGUACAAUUGAAAUUAAUGAUUUAUAUAUGCAUACAUGAAGUAAUUGCAGGAACAUGACUGAUUUCAAUAGAAACAGAAAUAAAUUAUAGAAUGCAUAUAAGAAUAUUAUAUUCAACUUAAAGAACCGACCCCCCUAGAUGAUUAAAAGGUUAAUGAGCAUACAUAUACUACCUACAUACUAAAGAUGCAUAUGUAUAUCUUCUCGUCAGCAGUUGUAUUGUAAAAUCUUUGAAAUCCAGUCAAAUUCAACAAAUUAAAUUUGUUAUAAAAUAUCUAGUUAUUAAUAGCGUAUUUAUUCCCUGUUAAAUCGGACAUUGCUUUAAAACGUUUGCAUUGUAAGAGACAAUCUGAAAUAUGUCGAAGCAGUCUUACCUUGGUCCUACUCUAGAAAAGUUAAGUUUUAAAAUUAAAGAUAUAAAUGAAAAUACAUAGUAAACUAUAAAUACAUGUUCGAUUUAAUACCAAAUAAAUGCAACAUUUUCAAAUACUAAUGAGUCGUUAUUAUCCUCAGAAACAUAUUAGGGUAAAAAUUGCAUUUCAAUAAUUUGAUUAUAGAAUCUAGUUUUGUAUAUAAUAUUAAAAUUUUAGAAAUUAUUUAAUUUAGUGUACGCACGAAUAUUAAAAUUCCAUAAUUUGAAAAAUUAUUUGUAGCGGUGGUUGUAUGUACAUAUGCACAUCAUACUGACGCAGUUUGUAGGGACUCAAAAAGCUUUUAUAAUAAACUAAUGAAAACAUUUCUUUAUGAAUGAUGAAA